AACGGCCAAAAUCAUUCAUUGGAACGAUAAAACGUUUUGAUCUACGUUAAUGUAUAACCAACGAUAAGAAAAAAUAAAUAGUUAAACACGGACAUAUGCGACCUAUGGGAUGGGUAUCUGUGUUACAUUCCCGUGAACAGAUCUUCCCUCCUUGCCUACAUGUAACCAUGGGAUUCAAGUUUCCAGAAAUUCCCAAGAGUGUUUUCAGACUCAGCUUGGUCGGGUCCUUAGGUGGAGCAAUAGUCAUUACCAAGGAUUACACUAAAGGGAAGAAAUACAAAGGAGAGGAGAGGAUGACCGGCAAAACAGUGAUUGUGACAGGAGCCAAUGGUGGUAUCGGCAAGGAAACCAGCCUCGACAUGGCUAGGAGAGGUGCCCGUGUGAUAAUGGCAUGCCGGGAUAUGGGAGCAUGCGAAAGAGCUAAAGACAAAAUUGUCACAGAAACCUACAAUCCAAGUGUUUCUUGCAAGUACCUGGAUCUCAGCGCGAUGCAGUCCAUUCGUCGAUUUGCAGAGGAAAUGAAGAAAGAAAAUCAUAUACAUGUACUGAUCAACAGUGCUGGAAUAAUGAUGUGUAAACACGCAGUGACAGCAGAGGGUAUAGAGCUACACAAUUGUACACUAUUAUUGAAAAACAGAACAAAUAUCUGGACUUGCCCAUGGGAAGAUAACUCUUACUCCCAAGUUAUUAAGCAUGGAACUGCUGUAUUGUUAUAUCCUGCAAUCUUAUUUAUAGAAAAUCAUAUACAUGUAGAAAAUCAUAUACAUGUACUGAUCAACAGUGCUGGAAUAAUGAUGUGUAAACACGCAGUGACAGCAGAGGGUAUAGAGCUACACAUGGGAGUCAAUCACUUCGGAAGUUUCCUCCUAACACAACUUCUGCUGGACAAAUUAAAAAAAAGUGCUCCUAGUCGGAUAAUCAAUCUUACAAGUUUAAGUUAUAAAACCUCAGAUAUCAAUUUCGAAGACUUAAAUUCGGACAAUAGUUACAAUAAAACUGAAGCAUACAAACAGAGCAAGCUUGCAUUGGUCCUAAGUACCAAGGAAAUAGCUGAAAGACUUGAAGGCACUGGAGUGACUGCCAACCUGGUGUACCCAGGAAUCGUAGAAACUGGUAUCAGCAGACACACAGGAUUUCAGAAAUCCUACUUGUCCUGGUUUGUCAUCGGCCCUUGGGCAUGGCUAGUCAAAAAAUCGCCAGAGCAGGGUGCCCAGACUGUAAUUUAUGCUGCCGUAGAACCCAGCAUUGAAAAAGUCAAUGGCAAAAUCUUCAUUGAUCUGGGAGAACAGGAAAUCCCCUACCUGCGUGAGAAAGAUCUGGCAGAUUCCAAACGAUUGUAUGCUAUCAGCCAAAGAUGGACACGGCUUACGUGACGACGUAGGAUCUAGGUACAUGUAUUAAUUACCCAGCUGUCCUAACAUUGACUUGGGUGUUUUAUCUUUCAUGAAAGAUUCUGUGUCAUCUUCGUUUGGCUGCACUAAAAUCCGACAGCUUCAAUAUGAAGCACACACUCUGAUGAACAUUUUUGCUGGCUAAGACUUAGAUCAGAAAUCCACAACUAUCCGUAAAUUACAGACAAACCUCCAACAGAAAUAUUAAAUAUUUUUACGCUAUAUUUUCAUUAUCAACAGAUUAAUUUCGUCAUAAGUGAUUGUUGCACGAAACUCUGACAGCUUCAAUAUGAAGGACAAUUUCUGAUGAUUAUUUCUCCGGCUAAGACUUGGAUUACAAACAGAACUCCAAUUGAAAUAUUAAGGAUUUUACACUACAUGUAAUUUAUCAUUACCAACAGGAAAAAAAAUCAUCAAAAGUGAUAGUUUUCAUUGUUAAGUGUGAAAGUUUAUGUUUUCUCUUGGAGACUAUCCAAUGUUUGAUGGCUUAUUACGAUUUACAAAUACAAUCAAAUGAGUUCAUUCUCAUAUAAAAUUCAAUGCUUUUAGUAAGACAUUAUUAGUCAUUACAGGGGGGAACUGAUAACAAAUCUAAAUAUUGAUGUAUAUAAUGAUGAUGUGUCCCCAUGAGAUGAUAUUUCAUUGUGAAAUAACUCAAAUCUUACUUUGAUUGGCAGAGAGCUAUACUAUCUGUUAAUUGUUUGGAAGUAUAGGCAUAACAGUCAAACCUGUUCAUUAAGGCCACCUACAGGAGGGGAAAAUGGUGUUGAUAGACCUGUGGUCUUUGUAGACAGGUGGUGUUUACUGACAGUUCAUCAUUAUAGACUAUAAUUAUAUAAGUUGAGGUUUUUAUAUACUGUUUUAUCACAAUCUAGGCUGUAGGUUGUCUCAAAAGCUGUUCACAAAUUAUUAUCCAUGGUUAUU